AUGGAAGCAAGGGGCCGUUUUGCUGGAGCAGCAGAUGGUUGGGUAGAAAUGCAUUGCGCUGUGAGUUUCCUAAUCUGUUUCAGGUUCUGGAAUGUGAAGGAAUUGGGUGAGUGGGUGAACAAUCACUGGAGGUGGCGGAUUGUGGAGUGUGAAUCAAAUCUGACCCAGGUAGAGUUAGAAGAAUGGGGGGAGUUGAGACAACUUCUAUUAGAUGUAGCACCUAAGUGGAGGGAGAAGGAUUUCUUUGUUUGGCCAUUAAAUGGAUCGGGGGUGUUCAAUGUAAAAGACUAUUAUGGGAGCAUGGUUUUGGAACAGACUGAUAUGGAAGAGGAUCCUGCGACCAAAAAAGCUUGGUCAAUAGUGUGGAAGUCAUGGAUGCCUUCGAAGGUCAAAAUUUUUGCUUGGAGAUUGUUCAAAGAUAGAUUGGCAACAAGGGUAGAGCUGGUAAAGAGAGGCAUUAUAGAAAACAACAAUGCAUCAUUUUGUGUAUUUGGCUGCCAAUGUCAGAAAAAUAUUCACCAUUUGUUCCUUUCUUGUGGUAUAGUAGUCGGGGUGUGGGGGAAAGUUUAUCAGUGGCUUGGGAUUGCUCAGCAAGUUCACACAAUAUGUUGUGAAGAAUUUUUGCAUAUGGUAGGGUUGUUGAAAAGGAGUUGCGUGAAGAGUAGGGUGGGAGUGAUAUGGGUGACAGUUUGUUGGUGUAUCUGGAAACAACGUAACGACUUAAUCUUUAACAAUGGAUUAGUAGACUUAGAGGUAAUUGUCCACAAAGUGAAAAUGUUUACAUGGUGGUGGUUAGCAAUUGGUAACAAACAAAAUAUUUAUUGUAAUUUUUAUGAAUGGAGCCAUUGUCCUCUAGAUUAUUUGUAG